AAAACGCUAAUGACCAUACAAAGAUGUCUAAAAAGAUAAAGGUAGCAGAAAGGUAAACCGACGAAUAGAAGUGUAAUAUUUUCAGAAACUAUUCAAAUGACUGACUCAGAACAACCAGAGACUGAAACCGCAGUCUCUCAACCUCAGUGGCCAGAGAACGGAGGCCAAUGGAGCGAUGAAGAAGGGGGGGCAGGCAUGGACGAGUGUGGAUUGGCAGAGAUGGCAGAGGAGGAUGAGGAAAUAGAUAUCUACAACAAUGAGACUUUUGGAAUGGAUAUGGAUACAGAAGUCGGGGACACGGAAGGGGAUCCCACUAACCCUCUGUUCAAAUUUGGAGAGAAGCCACCUGCCCCACCUGCCUUGCCAUCCCUCUCCCCUAGCUCCCCCUCCUUCUCUCCCAGGGCCCGGCCACAACUCCGGGUCCAGGGCCCUCCGGGCCGACGAGGAAGGGGACAGAGGGGAGGUCAGGCCAUGGCGCAGAUGUUUGAAGACCCAGCUGUGGUGAGGACUGUGGAGGGGCGACCAAGUUUGCAGAGCUUAGACAGCGCUAUAGUGGACGUUGGGAGCGUCUCCUACUGGGAUGAUCUAGAUCCAGAUGCUUGGAUGUUAUCAUCUUAUGAGAGAACCAGACACGCCUCUGGAUCAGUAUUGCAGGACCCAGCCAUUGUGUGUGUGAUGGACAGUCAUGCCCCUGGCAGAGGACCGAACUACCUGGACUCUCACUACCCGUUCUCCAACUCAAGUGGGAGGAGAGGGGGCCUUAGAGGGUCAUACUCAAAUAGACCAUUUGGGCAAAGAUGCCCAUCUCAGAUUAAUACCAUGUUGCCCAGCUCUCCCAUCGUCUCCCGGCGACCUUUCACCACACAACAGCCAUAUAACCAGGUGGGGGGCUUGCCCUCGCCACGUCCCUGCCCCUCCACCCCUCAACCUUUAACUCCGAAAAUGAUGCAGCUUCGCUUUGGUGCAAACUCCCCAAGACCCUCUCCCUUCUACAGCCCCUCGUCAAAUCGUGUGCAGCGAUUCAGGUUCCCUGGUCCAGUGACACAGCUUCACCCCCAACACAGACGACUGUUGAGUCAAAGGCAACAGAGAUCCCAAAGAAAACCAGAUAGCUGGGACCCCUACUGUAACCUCAUGUCGGCUAAAGAGAAAGAGUGGAUCAUUAGACUACAGAUGAUUCAGCUCCAGAGCGAGAAUCCCCACUUGGACGACUACUACUACCAGGAGUACUAUCGGCGAAUGGAGGCCAAGCUGGCAGAGGAGGAGUUGGGCAUGCGGGGCAAGAGGGAGCCACCCAAACUCACCACCCCCUAUGUCACCAAGAUGGACUCUUACACCCCAGUGGUGCACAUCGAGGGUUCCCUAGGCCAGGUCGCCGUGUCGACGUGUUUCUCUCCUCGACGAGCGAUUAAUGCAGUUGCAGCCCACUGUCCACAUGAGGAACUAAAAGACAUCAGGCAACAGCGAUUGGAUGUCCUAAAGAAAAUAGAAAAGUUGUUCAUGGUGCUGCUGGAGGUAGAAGAGGGGCAGAGGAUGAAGGCACAGGUGCUGGGGGAGGGUGAGGAGAAGGGGCUGAUGGAGAAAACUGAGAUAAAAGUGGAGUACAUCUACUCCCAGCUACAGCAUCCCGACCUAGAGGCAGAGGAAGAAUUUCUGCCAUGUCUCCUGGUGUCCAAAGGAAAGCAGCUACUGGCUCGACUCCUCCCCUUCCUUUCCCAUGACGCCGCGUUGAAAGUCUUAAGCAUGGUGACAUCUCACCUGCCUGUACUCAUGAGCAGAGACGCAGAUGAGUCUCUUCCGGUUUUGUACCCGUCUCUUCGAAUUGUGAUCGGAGGCAUGACCUUCAGUCAGCUUAUUGGGGUCCUUAAAGACUUUACGACAUCACUUCCCGACUCCAGCGACGGCAGCGUGUGCCUCUCACUUGUCUGCCAAAGCAAGUUUGGGCUCUCCUUACUCUACGCUCUGCUGUCCCAAGGAGAGAGGCUACUGUCCUCUGAUGUUCCUCUGGAGCCCAGCAUUGGUGACUUUGAAACCUGGACAGACACAGUCUUCCUGGUGGCAUCGCAGCUAUCCCAGAGUGCUCUGGUGGAGCCCCUUCUCCUACCCUCAAACCUUCUCACACUCUUCUGCCGCUACCUGGACAAGCGUACCAUCCACCAGCUGAAGAGCAAUAUGGAAUCUGCGACUGGAUACCUGGCUCUUCCGUCGUAGUAGGCAAGGACAUCUGAAGCAGAGACUGUGUUUUGGCUAAUGUACAGAAUGUAAUGAGCACCAAAAUGAAAACGAGUGUGCGUGCAUACCCUGAGGUAUUCCCUCGGCCUAGACGUACCACAGUAUGGCUGCGUUUACACAGACGGCCCAAUUCAGAUUUUUUUUCUCUUUUUUUUUUUUCUUCAAUAAUUGGUCUUUUGAGUAAUCAGAUCAGAGCUGAAAAAUAUUUGUGAAAAGAUCUGUUUUGUCAAAAGACCAAUUAGUGGAAAAAAAUAUCAGAUUUGGCCUACCUGAGUAAACGCAGCCUAUGCUACCCAUGCAUUGUCUCUUUGUAUGCAAAAUGUGUUGUCUUAGAACGCAUGAAUGCCAUUCUUCUUA